UUCGUUCCAUGUAAAAAGCAUGUCUUCUCCCAGCCAUUUUGCAGUCUUGGGGGGAGGUGUAUCGGGGCUUUCGACGGCGUGGUAUCUCUCGAAACUUGCACCAAAAACAGCGAGAAUAACAGUUGUUGAAAAGAAUGCUCGAGUUGGAGGAUGGGUGCACACCAACAUGCAAGAUGGCCAACUCUAUGAGCUCGGACCUCGCACGAUCAGACCUGUCGGUGUUGCGGGAAGGGCGGUGUUAGAUAUGGUCUAUCGUCUCAACCUUGUAGAGGAAGUGCUUACAACGCCAAAGAAUUCGCCAGCCGCAAUAAACCGUUACAUAUACCAAAAUUCUCGGCUGCACCAUUUACCUACCUCACCCCUUGACCUUUUGAUGCCUUGGAAGGCAAAAUCCCCACUACUCAAGGGCCUUUUGUUCAGUGUCCUUCGGGAGCCGUUCGUCAAGCCAACAAACGCGUCAGACGAGAGCAUACACGGCUUUGUAGAGCGACGUUUUGGACGAGCAUUGGCAGAUAAUCUUGUUUCUGCUGUGAUACAUGGAAUAUAUGCUGGCGACUCUACGCAGCUGAGUGUCAGAAGUGCAAUGCCGUUCCUCUGGGAGUGUGAGAAGAAGCACGGGAGUGUGGGACGAGGAGUCUUAGCACCUCCCGCUGUAGCACCGAUUGGGGACGAGCGCGCACCAUUGAGUGUGGAGAGUAACGACGCGAAGAAAUUCAUUUCGGACAUCCAGCGCAAUAGUAGCAUUUUCUCGUUUAAGAAUGGGAUGCAGACGCUCACGGACGCGCUAAAAAGGGAUCUGGACAAGGAGGAGAAUGUGUCAUUUAUACGAGGCAACAUUGAGAGCCUCUCUUUCAAAGAGGGCGUGGAGAUUGCUCAUACUGCCUCAUCACAGCCUUUGAAAGCCGACCAUGUGAUUAGCGCCAUACCAGCGGUUGAUCUUUCUCGCAUCCUACCGCCCUCCAGUCAUGCACUAUCUUCCCUGCUUUCGUCUAUCAAGUCGGUCGACGUUGCUGUCGUAAACAUAUCAUUUGGGGGUCAUUUUUCAAAGAUCCUUCCGGUGAAUGGCUUUGGAUAUCUCGUGCCGGCAACCGAGGAUACGCCAAUUUUGGGCACGGUGUUUGAUUCUUGCGCCAUGCCCAAACAGGAUUCGGGCGAUCAGACCCGUGUGACCGUCAUGAUGGGCGGACACAAAUUUCACAAGUACUUUGGUGAUCCAGAUGUUGUGAGCAAGGAGAAACUCUUGGAGACGGCCAUGACCGCUGUAAGGACACAUUUGGGUGUCAAUGCUGAACCGAUUGCGUCGAGCGUAGUCAUUCACAAGCAGUGUAUUCCUCAAUACGUUGUGGGACACCGUGACCGCCUUCACGCGAUUCAUGAGGAGGUCAAGUCUCAACAUAUCCAACUCUCCCUGGUCGGCGCAAGUUAUCUGGGAGUUGCAGUGAAUGAUUGUGUGAAAGGGGCGCGUGAUCUUGUGUCAAAUCUGCUGGUCGAAACACAAGCGAAACAGCGCAGGAUUACAGGAUUGGAGAGAAUAGAAACCUAAUUACGUAUUAAUAAUUCUUAGAUCAAGCCAUAGAUAGUGUAAAUAGUACCGUUGCGUAUUAGCAGCAUUCAGAGGCGUAAAAACAUUAGGUAUCUAGGAACGCUACAUAUGCC